AUGUGUCAAAAUGCCUUCAUGAAUCAUGAAGUAAGGCAUAGAGACAAAAAUCAUGAUAGUUCCUUUGAAGCUUCGGUUGUUAGAGGUAGAUCGUCAGAGAAAAGGACUUCUACUAACAAGAGGAAGUCUCAAUCUUGGCCGAGAGGAGAUUCUAAAAAUAGAAAAAGUUUGGACAUAGAUGAAUGUGCUUUAUGUCAUAAUAAAGGUCACUGGAAGAAAGAUUGCCCAAAAUUGAAGGCUAAAGGCAAAGAGAAAAUGAGUUCUGAAGUUAAUGUUGCAGAGGUUGAAAAUGGUGAUUUUGAGCUAGCUUUAAUUGCUUCAUCAUCAGAUAAUUAUUCUACUAGGUGGAUUUUGGAUAUGGGUUGUACUCAUCAUAUGUGUCCUCAUAGUAACUGGUUCUUUAACUUUAAGGCGUUGAGAGGUGGAGUUGUUUUCAUGGGAGAUGACAGUCCAUGUGAAACAUAA